UCGACGGCGAGGCCGCGAACGACUACUCGGGCAUCUCGGUGUCGCUGAGCGCGGACGGCACGGCGCUGGCCGUCGGGGCGUACGGGAACGACGGCGGCGGCGACCGCGCGGGCCACGCGCGCGUGUUCGCGUGGCACUCCGACGACGAGACGUGGGUUCAGCGCGGCGACGACAUCGACGGCGAGGCCGCGUACGACUACUCGGGCUACUCGGUGUCGCUGAGCGCGGACGGCACGGCGCUGGCCGUCGGGGCGCCCUACAACGACGGCGCCGGCUCCUUCGCGGGCCACGCGCGCGUGUUCGCGUGGGACCCCGUCGAGGAGACGUGGGUUCAGCGCGGCGACGACAUCGACGGCGAGGCCGCGAACGACCACUCGGGCUACUCGGUGUCGCUGAGCGCGGACGGCACGGCGCUGGCCGUCGGGGCGCACUACAACGACGGCGGCGGCACCGACGCGGGUCACGCGCGC